CGACACUAGCCAAACCAACCCCCAAGCUAGCUAAAACCAUCCAUAUUCCGACCGUUUCCUUGACGCUGCAGCUGUCACGACGACGGAAAUGAGCUCGCUGGUGAAGCUGGGCGCGUGGGGCGGCAACCACGGCGGGAGCGAGCACGACCUCACCGUGGCGCCGCAGCGGCUGGAGGGCUUCUCGGUCCGCUACGGCAAGGUCAUCGACUGCAUCUCCUUCUCCUACCUCGACAAGGACAAGGCCCUCCACUCCGUCGGCCCCUGGGGCGGCGCCGGCGGCGUCUCCACCGAGACCAUCACCUUCGGGCCGUCGGAGUACGUGAAGGAGGUGCACGGCUCGCUGGGGCCGAUCGGCGACUUCACCGACGUGGUGACCUCGCUCAAGUUCGUCACCAACCACCGCACCAUCGGGCCCUUCGGCCACGGCACCGGCACGCCCUUCGUCAUCCCGGUGCUCAACAACGCCAGCAUCGUCGGCUUCUUCGCCCGCGCCGGCCUCUACCUCGAGUCCAUCGGCAUCUACGUCCACCCCUUCUGACCUUGUGUUUUUCACGACGUCGUCACCCAAUUCGAUCGAAUUGAGACGAUACGGCAUCAUAUCUUGAUUUGAUCCGAAACCAACCGGUAUGAAUUAAUGUUGAAUGAUGGACGAUCGAUGAGCUUAAUUUAUAAUCAUGCAUGCUCUGCACGCUGUUGUGUGUUUGUACUCUUUGUUGUUGAUUUUCGAUUAAUGCAAUCAGGUUUGAUUCUGCUCUG